AUGGAUUUACUUUUAAUAACAACCGCUUUAUUCUUCUUUUCGCUAUGCAAUACGAGCGUAUUGGGACGAUCUGAUAAGCCCUGCCAGAAAACGUCGUUCGGCGGCUCAACGUUUGUGUGCAUGUGUAACGCGACGUACUGUGAUGACGUGGAGCCUGACGUCAAACUUCCCGACGGUGUUUUCGCCGUAUACUCCACGGACAUAGCCGCAGACAGGUUGACAAAAACUACGCACAAGUUUUACGUGCUCGAUGAAAAUACUUCAUUGAAACACUUACAACCCGAGUCCGACGUAUUUUAUAUUGUGACUUCUUUCAAACCCAAACAGACAGUCACGGGGUUCGGAGGGACGUUUACUGAUGCUUCUGGAAUGAACAUUGUCAAACUUCCUGAAGGAGCUCAGGACAACCUCAUCGAAUCUUACUUCGGACCUUCUGGUAUAGAAUACAGUCUUGGCCGCAUUCCCAUAGCUAGCAACGAUAUGUCUACGGAUAUUUAUUCCUACGAUUUCACAAACGGUGACACGGGGCUUUCCAAAUUUACUAUCUCCGGUUAUGACCAUUUGUACAAAAUUCCCUUUAUCGACAAGGCUGUUGUUGCACGAGGCGGGAAUCUAUCAUUAUUCGGAAGUCCUUGGUCUUCUCCUGAUUGGAUGAAAACCAACGACAAUAUGGUAGGGUAUGGGACAAUUUUACCGGAAAUGACGAAAGUGUACGCGAACUAUUUGGCGCGUUUUCUAAGUGAAUACGAGGGUUUCAUGUCACACGGACGGAUGUGGGGACUGACGACCCAGAGUGGCCCCACGCGCUCAUGCAGCAACACCAGCCGCCCGGAAUAUCAGUCCGUCUGCUGGACACCGGAAACUAUGCGUGACUGGGUCGUUAAGGAUCUAAAACGUUCGCUUCAAGACAGUGGAUACGGUUACAUAAAGUUAUUCACUAUGGACGACAAUGCUGACGUAAUGACAGAGUGGCAAGACACAUUUGAUGACGUCAUUGCUCUCGAGGCAAUAGACGGCUUUGGGAUACACGGCUAUCGUAACAAUAAAACAACGCUCAAGUCUAUGUGCGAUACGUAUGAAAGAUUUCCAGAUAAAAUACUCUUAGGAACGGAGUACUGCCAGCGAGGAAAGCCACAGCUAGGGGCCUGGGAGCUUGCAGAAGAUUUUGCGGAGCACAUAUUUGACAACCUAAAUAAUUGUGGUUCUGGUUUUAUUCACUACAACCUAGCGGUUGACAUGCACGGUGGUCCUAGCUGGGUGAACUACAACGCCGACGCGCCGAUCGUCGUUGAUUCCGAUGGCGGUAACAAAGUAUUUUAUAAGCAACCUACAUUCUACAUGAUGGGACAUUUCAGCAAGUUUAUACCACCGGGCUCAGCAGCCAUAGAAAUGUUUCCAUACCAGCCAAACCCAGAAGGCGUCCACGCCGUUGGUUUCACAAGACCAGAUAACUCCACCGUGUUGGUCAUCAGCAAUUUCAACACCGCGGAGUCCAAGACUGUGGGUAUUUUAUAUGGGAAGUACUAUGCAAAUUAUACUAUGGCACCAAAUUCCAUACACACCCUCACUUGGUGGAAACCAGGGGCGGUUCCAGGAACGUGACGUUAUAGGGGCGUAACUUAAGGGAGUAACCUUUUGACUUUCAGUGACCACCGGAUUUUACCGAACAUUAACAUUGAUAUUUAAUGAAUCCCAUUAAAGGGACACAGGUCAGUUUAUUGGCCAUUAUUCACGAGUAAAGAAGUAAACAACAAUCUGAAUUAGGUCUCUUGAAUGCUUCGUAUUACCCAACUACCUGGUAGCUAAAUUGUCGACAAAUAUGACAUACAAAUUUUAAAGAAUAAAGGAUAACU